GGCUAUUUAGAUAAAUCUACCAAUAUUAUAACUUUGUUGAUGUUUCACUUUUUCCUAUUCCAAGUCUUGCACAUAAUUUCUCCGUUCAGAUUCCAUAUAAAGUCCAUCAUUCCCAAUGACAGUGCUUCUGCUAAGAAACUAGCAAACUCCAUUAUUGGUCAUGGAAAAUCCUCAUAAUUGUAGAACCCUCCAUAUCCCUUUGUUUUCUCAGCUUGUUCUUCUCCUUCAGUUCUCAUCCCUUCACUUUCUCUCUUUAGCUUAUGAAGUCCAAGAAAAGUAUUUCGUCAAUUGUGGAUCAGAUGCUAAUCUGGACCUCAAUGGUCGGAAUUUCAUUGGGGAUUUGAAGCCUGAUUCCUUCUCUUUCUCAAAGGGAAGUGAGACUAUCAAAGGCACCAACCUUACGAUAUCAAGUCUCUACCAGACAGCAAGAGUUUUCAGUCAACAAUCCUACUACAAUUUCGAAAUCACUGAAACCGGUACUUAUCUGACAGCUAAAGAGAUGACUGGCAAUUCCUCCAACAUAACAUGGUCAUUUAGUGUGAGGAGGAAUGCUAGGUACAUUGUCCGUGCACACUUCUGUGACAUUGUUUCUGUUUCCGCUCAUACUAUAGUGUUUGAUUUGUAUUCGAAUGGCAACUUCCGUAAGCAGAUCUUUGGACUGGAUUCCCCUUUUGUUCAAGCGUUGGCUACUCCUUUCUACUAUGAUUUUGUGGUGAAUGCUACUGAUUCUAAACUCAUUAACAUCAGAAUAGCCCCUAACUUGACCAAUACAACAAUAGAAAAUGCCUUUCUGAAUGGGCUGGAAAUAUUGGAGAUAUUGGAGGGAACAGCUCUAAUUUAUAAUUUGGAAGAGUCCAAGAAGGUAAGUGUGGCUCUUGUGGUUGGAUCAGUUCUCGGAGGAGGCCUGUUUCUUUUCAUCAUUGGAUUCAUGUUGUGUUUGAGACACAAAAAGGCGAGAAAGAGGAACAGAGGAGGGAUUUCCCACAACCUUGGGUUGAAGAUAUCUUUUGCUCAAAUCCGGUCUGCAACAAACAACUUUGAUCCGAAAAUGCAGAUAGGUGUGGGUGGUUUUGGGUAUGUUUAUAAAGGAACUCUCUCUAAUGGCACCAAAGUGGCUGUGAAGCGUUGUAAGCAAGAGGGGCAAAGGUCAGGCCAAGGCCUUCCAGAAUUCGAAACAGAAAUCAUAGUGUUGUCCAAAAUCCGCCACCGCCAUCUUGUCUCCUUAAUUGGUUACUGUGAUGAAGGGUCUGAGAUGAUACUAGUGUAUGAGUUCAUGGAAAAAGGGACCUUGAGAGAUCAUUUGUAUGAAUCGGAUGUGCCUCGCUUGUCGUGGAAGCAAAGACUUGAAAUUUGCAUAGGUUCAGCAACUGGACUUGAUUAUCUCCAUAAAGGUGCAGCAGGGGGCAUCAUCCACCGUGAUGUGAAGUCCACCAACAUAUUGCUUGAUGAGAACCUUGUUGCUAAAGUCGCUGACUUCGGGCUUUCGAGGUCUGGCCCUCUUGAUGAAACUCAUGUCAGCACGGUUGUGAAAGGCACUAUCGGUUACCUUGAUCCCGAGUACAUGAUGUCACAGCAGUUGACAGAGAAGUCUGAUGUGUACUCAUUUGGUGUAGUUCUUCUUGAGGUGUUAUGUGGAAGACCUGCUAUUGAUAUAACGCUUCCAAGAGAGAAAGUGAACUUAGCUGAAUGGGUUGUGCUGUGCAAGAAAGAAGGGUUGCUAGAAGAGGUCAUUGACGUUUCAUUGAAGGGUCGUAUUGAUCCUAGCUCACUGAGACAUUUUAUUGAGACUGCAGAGAAGUGUUUGCAACACGAUUCUUCUGAUAGGCCCACUAUGGCUGAGGUGCUGUGGGAUUUGGACUAUACAUUGAAGCUUCAUCAAACUGCGAGGCUUGGAGAAGCCCAUGAGGACAGCACUACCAGCGCUUCAUCAGCUUUUUUACUACCAAAUAUUCGGCAUUUUGCUUCACUUGGUUCGACAGUUAACGGAGCUGAUAUGAGGGACGAUGAGAUGGAGUCCACAGAAAGCGAAAUUUUUUCCCAACUGAGAAUCGGCGAGGCCAGAUAAAUUUUUUCAGUUUGUGACUUGUGAGGUAAUAGUUGACCUUUGUUUCGAGUUUCCUUGCGAGUACGUGGUUGGUUUUAUUCCUAUGAUUGUAUUAGCAAUUUAGCACUGCUUUGGUAUUAGUGGAGCAUAAGUUGAACUUACAUAUUUUAUGAAAGCUAAAGUGCUUUCAGCCAUUUGCUCUGGCCUGUAUGAUUAUCUCUUUUAAAACCCAAUUAUCCUUAUAAACUAUAUAUUGAAUAUAUAGCAAACAUAUUAACGGUAAUGCUAUUCAGAUUUCUGAUUCACCA